UGCCUUCUCAUUUUAAAUCUUAGAAAAAAUAGUUAAAGUUAAAUUACCUUCAAGAUUUCUCCGUACGGGAAGGAGUGCAGAUAGUCCACAGCUUGGAAGCGUAUUUUCAGUGAACAUUUUGGCGCCAUUCUGCAUUUGUUUUCUUUUUGGCGUGGGUGUGCGAGUGAGUCACUACUAGCAAGAAGGAUCUUAAAAUAAAAAAUCUGAAUUAUCGAAUGACAUCCAAUAAUCCUUUGGAUAUCAUGGACGAUGAGGAAUUUGAUUGGGAAGCAGCUGCUAGAGAAAUCGACGUUGUUUGCGAGAUGGCGAGUGACGCACAGGGAAAGGGAAAGCAGCAAACGGGUCUCAAGAAGGAAUGCCGAACACCACAGUUCGAAGAAGAUGACGAAAACCCUACCUUUGUCCACCACAUAGAUGCGGAGGCAGCCAAAACCUGGAUAUAUCCGGUUAAUGUUCCUCUCCGUGACUAUCAAUUUGAUAUUACCCAGUCCGCACUCUUCUCCAACACAUUGGUGGCCUUGCCAACGGGACUUGGCAAAACACUCAUUGCUGCAGUUGUCAUGUAUAACUACUUCAGAUGGUUUCCUCAAGGAAAAAUAGUCUUUGCCGCUCCUUCUCGGCCACUCGUCAUGCAGCAGAUCGAAGCUUGCCACAAUAUUGUUGGAAUACCUCAAGAAUGGACAGUUGACAUGACUGGUCAGCUAAGUCCCCCUAAAAGGGCUCAAUUUUGGAAAACGAAGCGAGUAUUCUUUGUCACUCCUCAAGUAUUAGAAAAGGAUAUUCAUUCUGGUACAUGUUUGGUGAAGUACUUGGUAUGUUUGGUAAUUGAUGAAGCUCACAGAGCUAUGGGAAAUUACGCUUAUUGUGAAGCAGUUCGUGAGUUGAUGGCUGUACCGGUACAGCUGAGAAUAUUAGCUUUAACUGCAACACCAGGAUCCAAGCAACAGACAGUUCAAGCUGUCAUUGAUAAUCUGCAUAUCUCCAGACUUGAAUAUCGCAGCGAAACUGACCAUGAUGUUAUGUCAUAUGUUCACAAUAGGAAGAUAGAAUUGAUACAGGUUGUGAUGGGCCCGGAAGCUGUAGAAAUAAAUAAUAAGUUUAUGGAAGCAAUACGCCCUAUAGUAGCGAGGCUUACAAAUAUUGGUGUCAUUCAGAACAGAGAUUAUCGCACUUUGAGCCCUUGCCAAUUACUUGAAAUUAGGGAAAGUUUUCGUCAAAGGCUUAGGCAAGAUCUUUCUCAUGUCAACUGCGAAGAUGUUGAAGGGUAUUUUGGAGUUCUCAUUACUCUUUAUUACAUCCAUAAGUUACUUUCAAGCCAUGGAAUAAGGCCAGCAUACGAGAUGCUUGAGAGAAAAUUGAAGCAAGGGUAUACUUCCUAUGUACAUUAUAUACUAAGUUAGUAAAGAAAUUGGGAGGAUAUGUUUAGAUUCCUGUUUAAAUUAUUAUAUGUAUGACCCUUCAGGCUAAAUAAGAACUUAAUUAAAGAUUAAGAUUAGUACACACUAGUGGUAAAUGUCAGAUGCAUUCAAAGGAUGAAUAUCUAAACUCCAAAAAUAUCUUUAAAAAUGCUGAGGACAGAACAUAUGGGGACAUAUUUGGAGUGUGGAUUUGAUAGUUUAACAUGCAUGUUGUUUCCUCUCUCGUCAUAUGGUCUACUUAUGAAUUUAAUACAGCUGAACCAAACUCUAAAACAACAAAAGAUGUUAGUCAGUCGCCAUUGCCAAUAGAUAUGUCAUAAAAGUGAUGGGUUGGUUGAUUAAUUUCUAGAUGCAAUAGAGAUGUCUAUACAAUGCAUUUUUUGUGGUAAAUUCUUCAUAUUUAAAUCACUUAUUUGUAAUAUUUCUAUGUAUACAUUAUUGAACUAGAUUUGGAAAAUAGAUCACUGGUAAU